UAUUGACCAAUGAGAGAGCGACUUUCAUUUCGCGUGGAAGGAAAAGGUCUCCCUCUCGACGUCUACCAGUUUUCUCUUGUGCCCAACUUCGAAUUUAGGUCGGAAACUGCUACAAAAUGAGAAGGAAAGGGAGACCAACGAAACAGAAAGCUGGGAAAAAUCCUGGCAAACGUGGUCGUCAGGGUAAGAGGAAAAGAGAAAGUUCCCCCCUUAAAGUGAAAGUGCCUAAGAAAGCUGCCAUUGAAAUGGUAGAAUCAGCAGCAGCAGCUCCAGGUAAAAAAGCAGGAAGUACAUCUCUUUCAACAAUAAUUGUUGUAGAUGAUGGCAUGUCAGAAGGACUUCAUAUGACGACAAGUCAGGUGAAUGCACUCAGUCAUUUGGUUGCUUGCCGAGAAUGUGGUGAAGCAGUAAAUGUUGGUGUACGGCCAACAACUAAAGGUAUGAUAUCAGAGUUCACAGUCACUUGUAGUGUUUGUGAUGAUCAUAAGUCUACAAAUACACCCAACCUAGUUCGUGAAAGAAAAAGGAAAAGGGAAAGAAGAGAUUGCAUGUUACAGAAGACAGAAAAUAUCAACUAUGCUCAUGUUGCUGCCUUCUUAGACAAUGGUCUUGGGUACAGUGGCUUACGCCAUUACUGUAAAUACUUUAAUGCUAGGUGCCUCAAUGAGGCUACUUUUAUUGUGUAUGCAAGGCAAGUUAUUAUUGAUGUCAUUAAUGAUACUGAAGAAAGCUUGCUUUAUGCUGCAAGCAUUGUCAGAGAAGUAUUCAAGAGCCAGUUGGAAACUGAUGGUCUCAUUGAUCUCACUGUUGCCUUUACAACUACUUACCAUCAGUGGGGUAGUGAUUUCUGCUUAGUUGCAGGUGCUGUUAUAGAACUGACAACUGGUCUAGUAUUGGACUAUGAUGUUGCCAACAUGUAUUGCCAUGUGUGUAAGAUCAAUGCAAAAAAGAUUGUAUCCAUGUCUCCUGCUGAAAUGACUGAUUGGUUUAAUAAGCAUCAGGAUUCAUGUGAAAUAAGAGAAUGGUGUGAUGAACUUGACCAUGAUGCUGAGGAAGGGGUCAGAGAGAUAGAACCUAAAUAUUUAGAAUGCUUUGUAGCAAAGAAGAUAUGGAUGCGGUCCAUUGAAAAGUAUGGAUUUCGUUACACAACACUAAUACAUGAAAGUGAUGAAAAGAUUCAUGAAGAACUAUCCAAAGCUGCCAUCUAUGAUGAUAUUCCAAUUCUUAUUGAUGCUAACUCAUCUUGUUUUAGUCGAAGAAAAAGUGAACAUGCCAGAACAUCUUUUCAGACCAAAUUGAAAGCCAAAUGUCCAAGGGAGCGAGUUCAAACCAAAGACCGGAUUUUGUAUGUUUAUGCCAUGUCCAUUCCAGAAUAUAACAAAUUUGCUGUGUCCUCCAACAUAAAAUUAAGACAUUUGGUCAAAGAGAUGGAAGGGCUGGAGGAAUCUGCUCUGUUGUAUGACCAGUCAGAAGAACAAGGAGAAGAAGGUAGAAUACAGGUCAUUGAGGCUAAUGGAGACGAACUUGAACCACAAAAAGGAGAAGUGAUUUAUGCUGAAGUAAGGGGGGAAGAGGUUAUCCCAAUUCAAAAGGGAGGAACAAGUCAGGAGGCAGAGAUGGAGGCAGAAGAAUUGCUUCAAGAGGAGCAGGAAGAGGAGGAAAAGGAAGAAACAGUUCUUGACCAGGGUGCUGAUACCGCAGACUCUGAAGAGAUGGAAGAAUCAACGGAGGCAGUUGUCAAGUAUUUGAAAGAAACUGAUCCAGCCUUAAGAGUCAAGGAGGAAGUUAAAGUGAAACCUGAAGCGUAAUAAGAGUUUAAAGAGUAAAAUCAUGAUUAUGGUGAAAAUGAAUGUAAAGUUCAUCACACAGACUAAAUUAUACUUUUCGAGAUGUGAUAAUUCCACAGAUUAAAACAAUAUACACAAUACAGUUAGUGUAUACCUAAUAGCUACUGUAUCAGUAUAAAAAAAAAUUGUACGUACAUCAUACAAAGAAUUUUCAAAACCCCAGUAGAUCAGGUUCAGGAGUAAGAAUAGAAUGCUUGGGUAAAAGAACUCUUGCAGUACUGUAGAUGUUUUGUAGAUGCAAUGUGCAUUGAGAUAUGAUAUAGUCAUGAUUUUUAGUAUGUUAUGGUUCAGGGAGAAUUGGUAACCUGGCACGUGCAUAGUGGACUCUUAGAAAAACUGAAAGGUGCUUUGUAUCAGGGCAUCUUGGGGACUGGUUAUUGCUGAAGUGAAAGUAUGUUAUAUCACAUGUUAUUAGCUGAGUGACGGAAGGUUUAUCAAUGUGAGUUAAGAAUUUCGUUGCAGAUGAACAGUAUUUUGAGUUUCAACUCAGAAUGGUGUAUGCUUGUAAACAUUGCCUUUACAUUUAAAUUCCAUGUGUUGAGUAUAAAAGUAUUGAAGUAAAUUUAUGAAUUCCUUUAAGUAUCAUGUAUUGUUUAGUCUAGUCCCUUUGCAAGAAGUAAAGAUGUAGAUAAGUGAGGGAUAACACAAAUAUACAGUACCUUGUUCCAAAUUUGUCGAAACACCGGUUAUUUAUAGUAGAAUAUUUUUUGAAUGAUGGCUGUGUUGAAAUUUUCUGUAUUAUCAACCUGGCUUCUCAGUACAUGGUUCCUACUCUCUUUAAUCCUAGUUUUUGUCUUUUACUUAAUGUACUUAGAUGUUUUAAUGCAAUAUUCUUUGUACUGAGGUAUAUAUAUAUAUAUACUAUAUAUUUUUCCUUUUUUUUUCUUUUCUUUUUUUCUUUUCUUUUUUUUUUUUAGUAAUAACCAAAGCAAUUCCUUAGUUGAAAGGUGAUAAUUACACUGAUAAUUCAUUUUACAUACCAUUAUAUAGAUAUAUUUUUCAGAUAUGUUUAUAAGCUAUAAAAAGAGUUUAGCUGUCCUUGACAGGAUUUACAGUAUCACCUGAAGAUGUUUUUAAGCAUCUUCAUUGUGAUGUUUUAUGUUUUCUUAUGUAAAGUAUGCAUUUGGUCCUCUUUACUAUAUCUAAUAAAGAAAUUUAUCUAA